ACAGUAUUAUGCACCCAGCUCACGGAAAUUACUGGGAGCAGCCGGGCUAGGGGGACCCGCCUGGAACUACAUUCCUCCAUGUGAUCCUCCGCUGUGACCGCGUUACCGCCCAUGCCUAGCAGUGCCCGCAGGGUGCCCUUCCGCUGCCCGGUAGUUUCUGUCUCCCUCACAGACAGAUUGGGAUCAAAGCAGCGCAGUGUUUGCAGUUACUAAGGAGCCCAGCGCUGCCCGGUGCCCUCACCUCCCAACAUGGCAGCAAGCGAGUGGGCUCGGCUGGAAGCGGCUGUGCUACUGGGGCUGAGACACCUGCGGGACCGGUACCUGCACAGAGACCCGGGAGGGCUGGGCCUGGAGCCGGCAGCUGCCACUGAGAGUGCUGGGGAGAUGAGCCCAGAGCCGGGGGGCGGCCUGCUGUGUGCCCUGCCGGUGGAUAUGCAGCUCUACAUCAUGACGUUUCUGUCGCCACAUGACCUGUGCGCACUUGGAAUGACCAAUCACUAUUGGGAUCAGAUGGUCCGGGAUCGCCUGCUCUGGAGAUAUUUUUUGUUACGAGACCUUCCUUCCUGGCCGUCCAUUGAGUGGCACAGCCUGCCAGAUAUAAGUGUCCUCAAUUCAUGCUUGUCCCCGGAGUCCCCAGAAGGAGCACCCCCCGACUAUAUGUCUAUCUAUGUGAAGAGCUGCCCGAGGAACAGGAAAUCAGCGAAAGCGAGACAUCCUAUUUACGGAGCAGUCACUUCUUUUCUUCAGUCGUUAGUGAUACAGACAGAGCCUCGCUUCGCCAUGUUUGGGCCAGGGCUGGAGCAGCUCGAUGACUCUUUGGUCACACGGAUGAUGACGUCUCCGGAGCUCCGGCCAGUGGUGAGCAUCCUGCAGCGCCAAAUAGACGGAAUUGGCUCAGGAGUCACCUUUCAACUUGACAAUCAACAUAAAUUUAACAUCUUAACCUUGUACUCCAGAACGCGCACAGAACGAGACCGGGCCCGAGUGGAACCCAACGUUUCGGGGAACAAAAUGUUUGUGCCAGAGGCCCCAGGAGACGACCCGCUGGCAACCCCAGAUAAUCUGAUCCCGCAAGUGAAGGAGGUGUGCCGAAUAGUGGAUGGAUUCAUCUACGUGGCCAAUGCAGAAUCACACAACAAUCACAACCGUCCAGAAGAAAUUGCACAGAUUCUGGCCAUGACAGACCCCACAUUUGGACCUCAGAGGAGACCACUGCUGGUAUUGUCUUGUGUUGCCCAGCCCGGUAAUAAGCGAAUCCCAUGUGUUUAUAUGGCCCAUGAACUGGGACUUGACAAGCUUCAGCGACCCUGGCUGGUGCAGAACACUGAGGCGUCGACACUUUCGGGGCUGUUGGACGGCAUUGCCUGGAUCCUGAAUGAAGUAGGGAAAAAAAUGUAGAGGAAACUGCUGCGACUGCUCUACGCUCACAUAGAUGCCCUAUGCUGUCUAUAAAUAUAAUUAUGUGUUUAUGUACAUAUUCUAUUUUUUUAAUUUUGUUUUAAUAUUUUACCUUUAAUUUGCCUUUUAAUACUCGCCAUUUUUAUUCGUUCAUUUAGACGGUAGCUAAACCUUGCGCCAAGAGCUAGCGUAGGGGAGGCCGUUUAAAUGGAAUGGUUUAAUAGCAAUAUUCUCUGCAUAUCUAAUGCCCUUCUGCAAGGGUUACCCCACUGAAUGUUGGGUUAUUGUCUGCACUACAUUUAUAUAGGAUUAAAAGCAUGCUCAUUGCUGCUCUAAAGGUGUCAAACUACAAAUCCUGUAUAAUGGACUACAGAUCCCAGAAUUCCCAGUGACUGCAGGCUGCAAAGAGCAACUGACAUAAGUAAACGAUGAUAUUGAAAACAGUGGUAUUCCAGCCCUUUCCCUGAGUUCUACCCCAAAAAGCACUUUCUUCCCAAAUUGUUUACAUCAAAUUGUUUACAUCUCAUUGAUGGGUACGAGCACAUAUUGCCUAAAUUUUUAAUAAACCUGUAAAACAUU